GUUACUUAGUAGCAGUACGCUGCUCCCUCGCGCUGUGUUACAAUCCCCCCUUAUACCAUUGAACAUCAAUAAUAGUAACAGAAAAAAACCAUACACUUAGCUCUAAUUCGGUAAAUACAUAUCAGUGCUUCUCCGCCAGCAACUUCUCGCUAAAAAAAGGCCCCAUUCAUCCGCAACACGGCCAACGCCCCGCGAGCAUUUCGAGAGGGAGAAGACAUCUUACUGACGUGUGUGGUUGCUGACCUAGGCAACCACACUGUGUGGUGGAGCAAACACGAGGACGGCAGGAAGACCAUCCUCACCGUCGCUGAGCGAAGCAUCACCAACGAUAACAGAGUGUCUAUCCUCCAUGACAGAGCUCCCUCUUACAACACCAGCAUCAUCAGAUCAGGAGGCGACGUCUGGGUCCUGGUCAUCAAGAAUGCCAAGGUGACGGACAAAGGUGUCUACGUGUGUGAGAUAAACUCCAACCCCUCACUGACCUCUCUCUACAUGGUGACAGUGGGGUCGGGGAACGCGACGGAUGGGGUGACGACGGCGCUCAGAUCAGCCCAUAACUACACCUCGUGCUGCAUUGAGAACGGCGUCCAGCCACAGUGUCUGGGCUUCUGCGCCAUACACAAUAUUCUCGAGGGCAAAACUGGCAUAGAUCCUGAAGCUUGUGAAACCCAUUUCCCACUUAUUGUUAAGUGUAUGGCAGAUCUUCGUAAUCACGUGCCGUGCUGCGAGAGAGAGAGGGUCCCUGACAUCUGCCAGGACCUGUGUCGGGGAGAAUACACUACACAGGACGAUAAUAUACAAUCACACUUCUCCUGCACUGCGUAUACCGAAGUUACACUCAUGUGUAUCUCCGAGGGUGUCGAGAUCCUGCCCAUGAGUCCGGAGUCGCCCAGUGUGGAUGUGUUGGGACCCACGUCAAUAGACGUCACUUGGGACCAUCCACACCCCGGCACCCCCCCUCCAGAGUACUACGUCAUCAACGUCACCACCAUCACAAAGUUCGACCCUCCAGAGGAUGUCACCGGAGUGACUUCGACUGAUGUAGGGGGCCUGGACACCCAUGAUGACCACCUCUAUCUCCCCAAGAGACUUCAGGUUAAGGUGUCGGCCAGUCAGACCCACGCCACCAUCAAGAACCUGUCACCCUUAACGUGGUACGAAGUGUCGGUAAUGUCGGUGAACCGACACGGCUCGUCCCUACCUCAGUAUAACCUGCGGGUGCUGACGGAGACUGUCUCGCUCAACAAGACGGAGACCGUUCACCCCGAGCUGCCUGACAUUGUCUCUUGUUGCUCCGAGAAAGGCGUCAAGCAUUACAGGUGUCUGAGGAACCUGUGUGACCCGAGCAACAAGUACAUCAGUGAGCCAGAUAUGAUCGUGUGCGCGCCCUGGGCCACCGAGGCAUUCUCCUGCCUGGCCAACGACUACGACCACUCAGACUGCUGCAAGGAGCGGGGCCUCCCGCCCCUCUGUGUCGAGCUCUGCACCGGCAAUGUUACCAAGAUUGACUACAAGUACUUCAGAUGUGUGGACUACUUCAACGACUACCGGAGCUGCCUCCUGAAGGGUUACAAUGUGCUGCCGGGGGCUCCUGGCAAGGUCAGCAUUACGAACACCAACCCGACCUUCGUACUCCUGCACUGGGCCGCCCCUACACUGCUGGGGGACUCCGUCACCGCCUACCACGCCUACUUCAGGCCUAUUCAACCCUCGCGCGAGUGUGCCGCGAAAUGGUUCAUAAACAACAUGGAGGUGUCGUACCACGGAGUGUACACGGACAAGUCACCGUACGUGCUGGAGAACCUGUGCCCGGACACGGAGUACGAAGUGUACGUGCAGGCAGUCAACAAGCACGGCACGGGCGACCCCUCGGAGCGCGUGCUCUUCCGCACGCCCUCAGAAGCGCGCGUACAGCGGCUCCAGGACAACGCGUACAACGUGACGGAGUGCUGUCGCAGCGUCAACCUGAGCCCUGGCUGCAUGCCUCUCUGCGACUACAACGCGCGCAUGUCGCACGUCAGAGCCCUGGUGGUGACGUGCACGAACGAGCUGACGAGUCUCUUGAGGUGUGCCGUGGGUGGACGGAACCACAUGCCGUGUUGUCAACGUCGUGGAGUGCCCAACGCUUGUUCCGCCCUCUGCUCCGGCUCCUUCAACUCCAACAACGCCACACCCACCGUCUGCAUGCCUUACAUCGGCAACAUUAUGAUGUGCCUUGAGGAAGGUGUGGACCUGCUGCCAGCGCCGGUCAGCCGCCUGCACGCUACCAAGGUCGGUGCGGGCCAGGUGACCUUAAUAUGGCAGGCCCCCGACAACGGUCCGAACGUCACGCAGUACCAACUCCAUUAUCAGAGCGUGGACAAGCACUCCGCCUCAAAGGCCGUCUUCGCCCUCAACAACACCAUGAACAUCUCAGACACCGUGGCCACCGUGUCCCAGCUCAAGACCGGGAACAUGUACAACUUCUUCGUGAUCUCGAUGAACGAGGAGGGAACGUCGCUGCCUUCGUCAGUGCUGACCAUCAACGUGAGUGAAGGGGCCCUGAACGGGAGCCUGAUGGCGGGGGUGUCGUCGUCGCCGCACAGCCUGGUGCUCGACGGCAAGACCGCCACCACCCUCACCGUCAUCUGGCAGCCGCCCGAGCUGGCGCUCCCCACAGAUAAGUUCACGUACAAGCUACACUACCGGGCGCUGGGAAGUAGAGUGGACGCGAGCGUCUACAACGUCACCACAACGGGCUCCACGGCGCUGCGUCUGGAGUCCCUGACGCCCAACACGCAGUACGUCAUCUACGUCACGGCCGUCAACAACAUGGGCGAGAGUCGGCCGUCUGAGACGCUCCUGGCCUGGACGGAUCCGGCCUACCCGGCCUUCGUCGAGACCCCAACAGUCCACCCGAUCAACCUGAUCAUCGAGGGCGCCACCAUGACCGUGUUGUGCAUCGCCAUGGGGUCCCCGCCCCCCACCGUCUCCCUCUACAUCUCCGGCAUCCUCAUCCACCAGGACGUGACGCGACACAUGGUGACGGUCGUUCAGAACGUGACGAGGGAGAUGAAGGAGAUUUCCUGUUACGCCGACAAUGGCUACGGCACCCCCAUGCAGGCCUCCAGGACCAUCACCAUCUCCCGACGCCCCCGGAUCGUGGCCCAGGAGGUGGUGAGGGUGCUAGAGGGGAGGUCGACCACGCUGGAGUGUGGCGUCGACGCCUGGCCGGAGCCCUCCCUGGUGUGGUGGCGGGACCCUGAGGGCAGAGUGCCCGUCAUACACGGAGGCAACUACGCCAUCAACACCAUCACCGGUGCUCAGGGCGAAGGUAACUACCUGAUGCAGCUCACCAUCAAGAGUGUGAAUCAGAGUGACGCCGACCUUUACUACUGUCACGCUCGCAACGCCUUCGGCUCCAUCACCUACACCACUAAGGUUCAGAUCGUGAAGCCGGUUAAGCUGGAGAUCGACGUAUCUGAGUGCUGUCGAGUGAACAACGUGAGUGACAGCUGCAUGGACGCGUGCGCCUUCGACGAGCUCAACUUUGAUCGAGUGAUGAACCGAGAAGAGUGCAUCCCUGACUUUAGCAAGCUGAUGAAGUGUGCAGCAGACGGGUCGGAUCAUCGGAGCUGUUGUAGCCAGCGUGAGGUACCAACGCCGUGCUUGGACUGGUGUCGCGGGGAGCCCGUGGCUUACCUUCACCUGUGUGAGCUCCAGUGGGCUCCUGUCAUAUUCUCCUGCUUCAAUGAAGGCCAAGAUCUCCUGCCGGGGCCGCCACUCAACGUCCACGUCCACUCCGAGGGCUCCACGGCUGCCAAGGUCACCUGGGAACCGCCGGUCAAGAACCCCGAAGCUGUUGAAUUAUACAGAGUAUUCUGGCGUCCGAUGGGCCAGCGGGCAGCCCUUAAGAACGACACGUCCAUCACGGAGCUGAUGAUUGAGGGCCUUAAGUCCGACAUCACCUACGAGAUCGCUGUCAAGGCCGGCAACCACCGGGGCACGUCCAUCCUCACCCCCACAGUCACCUUUACCAAACACCAAAGCUACGUCAGCUCUACCUCGACUCAAGGAGCAACAGGAGUGGCAAUGGCUGUGGUCACGAUAGUGGUGAUCGUGUUGGUGUGUGUCAUAGUGGUUCUGGCUGUCUUCUGGGCCCGCAAGCGCAAUCUCCUUGGAGGAAAGUCAUCAAAUAAUGGUGGCAUUUCCUUCGAGAAUCCGUCGUAUAUUCGCGAGCAAAAUGGUGACACAGUUCAGAUCGCUGAGACUCCUAAUGGCAGUAUGAACGGCAACAUUACUUCAGGGAUGAACGGCGGGAUGAACGGUGGGAUGAACGGUGGGAUGAACGGCGGGAUGAACGGCGGGAUGAACGGAGGUAUCAACGGAGGUAUCAACGGAGGUAUCAGCAUGGGAAUCUCACCUAUCGACGUGAACGGUGGUGUCUGGAACACCCAAAAUGUGUCGCCCUCCACCCCAGGAUUCGAAGAGGACCUCCCAAGUAACGGUGGCUAUAAGCGGUUCAGCAGCUAGUGACACCUCGUCCUCCACCCAGUGUAACACCUCACCCUCCACACAGUAACACCUCGUACUCUACCCAGUGUAACACCUCGUCC